CCCCGGGAGGAAGGCACGGAACGGGCUUACGCGUCAAGAAUGCAGCCGUCUGGCGGCUUGCGGUCCCUGGACUUGCCCCGAAGGUGGAGAUUGGCAGCGAGAUUAGCCAUCUUUCCAGGGAGGUAUCCGUAAGCGCCGCUGACAACACCGUUCGGGCAGUGUUUCAUGACAAUGGAUGGUGACGGCUCUACAACGGAUGCCUCUCAGCUCGGCAUUUCUGCAGACUAUAUCGGAGGAAGCCAUUACGUCAUACAGCCGCACGAUGAUACGGAGGACAGCAUGAACGAUCAUGAAGACACAAAUGGCUCAAAGGAGAGCUUCCGAGAACAGGACAUCUACCUUCCCAUCGCCAACGUGGCCAGGAUCAUGAAAAACGCGAUCCCUCAAACGGGGAAGAUUGCAAAAGAUGCCAAAGAAUGUGUUCAAGAGUGUGUGAGUGAGUUCAUCAGCUUCAUCACGUCCGAGGCGAGCGAGCGGUGCCACCAAGAGAAGCGGAAAACCAUCAACGGGGAGGACAUUCUCUUUGCCAUGUCCACGUUGGGCUUCGACAGCUACGUGGAACCCCUGAAACUGUACCUCCAGAAAUUCAGAGAGGCGAUGAAAGGAGAGAAAGGAAUCGGUGGAGCAGUCACAGCUACGGAUGGACUGAGUGAGGAGCUCACGGAAGAGGCUUUCACUAACCAGUUACCAGCUGGUUUAAUAACUGCAGAUGGUCAGCAACAAAAUGUUAUGGUUUACACAACAUCCUAUCAACAGAUUUCUGGUGUGCAGCAAAUUCAGUUUUCAUGAUUGGAAAGCACGAGUGGACUGAGGAGUGUGGAGAGGCGAACGAGGCCCUGCGACUCGGGAGCAGAGACGUCGGGAGAAGUGACUGGCCAGAGGUGUCUCUUUGUAUAUUAAAUAGCUGUAAUGUAGCUUCCUGAUGCUUGACUAAUUGAGGUGUUAAUUCUGACUCGAGAACCUUUUUCAUGAAUGAUUUUAAAGGAAAAAAAUUUGGAUUUUAAAGGUAUUAAACUAUUUUUGUUUUGUACAAGAGUGUGUUGCUCUGUAUGACUCCUGUAUGCAUUGUAUAUUGCGAUUUAUUACUGUCAAGAGAUUUGUAGACAGUUUCUUAUUUUCAUAUUGAAUCAUGUUACUUUUGUAAUUCAAGCAAGCAGCUGGGUCAAUUCAUAAUGUUUGCCCUUUUAAUAAAAUGUGAGGGUAGAGUUCAUUCUGAAUGCAAGUUGCCUUUCUUCUACAUUUUGAGUUUGUCUUGGUUAUGCGAUAGCCUGCAUGAUAACCUAGCUAGAUUUUUUAGCAUUUGGUGUAUUUAUUAAAAUGAAAAAAAACCAA